GUUUUCGAUGAGAUCGUCGACGCCUGGCACUGCUAGGCCAUCGCCCUCCCUGGCGGCAAACUAUCAUCAUCACCUGCUUAACCCCGUCCACACCCCACAUCCAACAAUGCCUGGCUCUCCUCUCUCUCUCAACGGCACCGCAGCACCCGCCAUCGCCCCGCUGUGGUACGCCAAUGCCACCCAGAGGCCGCACCCGUCUGUAACCCUCCAGCAGCCCCCUGGACCGCAGACGCCGGAGGCUUCUGGUGACCAAGGCCAACUGAGCUGCUACGGCAAGUUCAUGCGGUGCAUCGGAUUCAACGAGUGCCCCUGCACUCGUUCAUCUGAUGCAUCCGCAGCCGGGCAGCCAGUGGCCCGACAAGGGCUGGGAAAGGCGAGUCCGUGGCAACACGGUCAGGGCUCGCCGCCCGCCACACACACGGGGGAGUCACUGGCAGCCACAGCGCUUCAGCCAGCCCCCUACAGCAGCACCAACAGGCCGCCAAUCUACUGCCGCUAUCCGCCAUCAAGGGCGGCCUUUCAGCACCAGCAGCGCGCCGAGCCCACCGCAGCACCCAGGACGACUUAUCGUCCAAAUAUCGCGCGGCUGACUGGGAAUGAAAUGCGUCGAGCUGAGCCACAUCGUGGCUUUCAGCAGGGAGGGGAAGGGGAGUCUCUAUCGCACGGCCGACGGCCACAGAUCUGGCGGCCACCCCAGCAGCAGCAGCUGUGUUUCCUGCGCCCUGUGUUUCGGGGAGUCCAGCUGCCCCCACCAGGCGGCCUAAGCCUGUCCAAGCUGCGGCAGCUGCGCCCAGUAGCCGGGGACCAAGGGCCUGAGCCGGCCAUUGAGGAGGCCGAGAGCGAGGGGAGUGAGGAGGCCGAUGAGGAGGACCAUGGGGAGGAGGCUGAGGGUCAGGAGGGAGGACCCGUCGAGGGGCACGACGCUGUAGUGCAUGAUGCUGGUGUGAGUGAGGACUGCGUAGGAUUUGUCGUUGGAGAAGGUGAGCGAGUGGGUGACGGGGCACACACAGACGGCAUGGCGGGGAGGCAGACAGACAGAGGGAGGGAGGGAGGUCUGGCCUGA